UGCGGCGGGGACGUGCAGUCGCUCGGAGGGCCAUGGAGGCGGUGCGGUGGCGGCUGCGGGCGGGUGGCGGGACCAGGGCCCCGGCCCCGCGUUCCGCGCUGCUGUUGCUGCUGCUGGCGUCGCUGGGAGGCGAGGCGGCGGAAGAGCCGCGGCCGGGGCGGCAGCGGGGAGACGAGCAGUGCCAUUACUACGCGGAGGGGCAGGUCUACCCUGGGGAGGCGGCUCGGGUGCCUGUCUCCGACCACUCGCUGCACCUCAGCCAGGCCAAGAUCUCCAAGCCAGCACCUUACUGGGAAGGAACAGCAGUCAUUAAUGGAGAGUUUAAAGAGCUGAAAUUAACAGAUUAUGAAGGAAAAUACCUUGUCUUCUUCUUCUAUCCUCUUGACUUUACAUUUGUUUGUCCAACUGAGAUAAUCGCCUUCAGUGACAGAAUUGAAGAAUUCAAAGCAAUAAAUACCGAAGUAGUAGCAUGUUCUGUGGACUCAAAGUUUACCCACUUAGCAUGGAUUAAUACCCCUCGAAAACAAGGAGGACUUGGACCUCUGAAGAUUCCACUUCUUUCAGAUUUGACACACCAAAUUUCCAAGGAUUAUGGAGUAUAUCUGGAAGAUCAAGGGCAUGCACUUAGAGGCCUUUUCAUCGUUGAUGAUAAGAGGAUCCUUCGGCAGAUCACAAUGAAUGACCUCCCUGUAGGGAGAUCGGUGGAUGAAACGCUUCGUUUGGUGCAAGCAUUCCAGUACACGGACAAACACGGAGAAGUUUGCCCUGCUGGCUGGAAACCCGGCAGUGAAACAAUCAAACCAGAGGAAGCCAUGAGAGUGUGGUGGCCAAGGGAAGAACUAUAAUUCCAGAUCCAGCUGGAAAACUGAAGUAUUUUGAUAAGCUAAACUGAGGUUUGCUCCUGAUGAUUUACAUAGGUCACAUUCAACUUGAUUUUUGCCAAUAAAAUUUCAUUGAUUUUGUUA